AUGUCAUUCAAGAUUGGGUUCACCCACGACCCAAGUUUCCGAUUCCACAAUCCUACUUUCGGCUACAAGAAGGACAAGUAUCAACAAAUGAUCGUACUCUUUGCCCACCACAAUCCCGAAGUUGCUGCAUAUCUAGAAGCAGCUCUGAUCGCACUACAUGACGGAAAGCAGGGGUUCCAGAAUGAGAGGCCUGGCGGCGAAGGGGUCAAGCAGGCUUUUGCCUUGAACGGGUUUCGCGGGAAGAUCGAGAAGGUCAAGGAGGACAUCAAGCCAGCCUGUGCGGACCUUCUCACCAUCGACAUCAACUACAAGAGGCUCAAGCGGGACAUCACGAAGGCCAAGGCAAAGGCCAACAAUGGUAAGGUUCCAGAGGCUGAGACCACUCCGGCGCAGCGUGGCCGCAAGCGUAAGAACAAGGGCAAGACGCGAGAUUCACAGGAACCCCCAGCUAAGAAAUCCAAGAAGAAGAACUCGGUUAUGGAGACCAGUGAUGCGGGCAUUCCUAUGAAUUUCCUCAAGACUGCAAUUGCUACACGAUUUUUAUCCGUGGAGCUCUACGAGGAUGACCGGGAGGUCUUCGAGCAGAUCCAAGAGCUGCUAGCGGAAGAUUGGGGUGUUUUGGAGCGCCAUGGGGUUGCGCUUGAAGGCACCCAAGUAUUCCCAAUCCUGUUGGGUCUAAAGGCUGACUGGUCUUUUCAUGUGGAGGCUGGCAACCUUCAGCGAUCCUAUCGACGGGGCCCCAAACAUGCAGGUGACCAGGGUGCAACAAAAAAGGAAACCGAUCCAGGAGGCAUUUGUCACCUCUGCCAAGCGGGAUUGAAAGGCUUUGAUUGGGAAGAUAUGAGUGCAGCAGAAGGUAUGAUUCGACGGUCGUAUGAGGAGGAGAUCGAACUUCCAUGGACUGUGGAAUCCCCAUGGACCAUCUUCCCAUAUCAAGAUACAGCUGUCAACGGCAAAUCCCGAUUCUAUAAGGUGGAUAUCUGGCACACAGUUCAGCUGGGUGUUGGCAAGGACUUUGCGGCAUCAGCUAUGUGUUUGUUAGUACGUGACAUUUGUGCUUCAAACAUAGACGACAGGUUUCAGAUUCUUUCAGAGAAAUACCUUGCUUGGUGCAAACAAUUUCAGAAAACCAAGUACGUGACAAAGCUCGACAAGAAAAUGGUUGGUGGUGCGGGGUUGCGGGAUGAGCCUUAUGGCUCGUGGAACAAGGGAGAGUUGACAGUGACACUCUUGGAGUUUUUGGAGCACUACUGCGAGGAAAACAAAGAGACUCUCUUGAAACAUGAGGAUUCACGCUAUCGAUACCUGCUAGUUGGCAUACGAUCCAUCAACAAGUUCAUGCGAACCCUCUACCACCAUGACAUGUGGAUACCUGCCAGAGAGGCUAAAGAAAUAGCCAAGGAAGGAACCAGUUCUGUCAAAUGCUACACCUUUUUGGCGUUUUUGUCUGGACAAAGGGGGCAACCUAUGUUUGCUCUUAGGCCCAAACUUCAUAUGCUGCACGAAUGUGCGUAUGCACUGAAGUUGCAAUCAGAAAGAGGAUCCUAUGCUUGGAAUAUAUUGGCAGAAAGCUGUAGUAUCGACGAAGAUUUCGUCGGAAGACUAGCAUUUUUGGCUAGAAAUGUCUCACCCAGGCUAGUCUCUCAGCGAAGCAUCGAGAGAUAUCUCACUCAAGCUUUUCUUGCAUGGACGCAAAGGGAAGUCUAA